AUGGCACUAUGGGCCAAGGUUGCCAAAGAUCGGCCGCAGCACUACUGUGAUGUGCAGGAGGUGGACUAUCGGCGCACCAUGUUGUUCCAUGACGCUCUUGAGGAGGUUGCAAAGGGGCCAUGUGACCCUAAUGACUUGAGUUCCUUGCGUUUUCAGGAGGAGGCUCGGAAGCAGGUUGCUACUAUGGGAUUGGUCCUCGCAGGGGGGCUCAUGACGGAGGAACGGGAUUACAGACACAAGCGCGUUCAGAUGGAUGCAGAAGUCGGAGGAGGGCUACUCACGCAGUGCAGCGCGUAUUGA